AGCAAUAUUAAAAUAAUAAAAGGCUUGCAAUAUUUCAGUCUUGCAAUAUUACGUGCGCGUCGCCGCGUACCUUACGCCGUAGGCUACGCCAUCGAUUUAACGCGGAACCAUAAAUCAGGCUUGAGGCGCGCGCAUUUGUCCGUUUUCUUUUCAUCUUUUCAACUAAGCAUGCAAACACAUAAACUGAGGGUGCACCCUCGCAGACCCGGGCCUGCGUUGGAUUCACACAUAACAUUGCAGUCCACAGAAACAGUUAACCCUGGUACUGGUCACGGUCUGCUUUACAGCUGUCUGGCUGCAUGUGUGACGAGCAUGUGUCCCCAUGCGCCCUGACUCCUGAUUGGCUGAGAGCGUCUGAGCGUGCAGAGACCGAGCUGCAGUGAGAGUGAGCAGCUCUAACCUUUUCCACAGUUUUAGUGCUCAAUUAUCAGGAAAAGUGUUACAUGAUGUAACACUUUGAUGUAACCUAUAUAAAUUCUUGAGUUCAGGACCAAAUGUAAGGAUUUUAUUACAACGUUUAUGUUCAGUUUCUAAUAUUAGUUAACCUCGGUCGGUUCUAUGAGCUGUUUCAUAUAGGGACUUUAUACUUUCAACUUUAUAAAUUUAUUGAGUUUAAUUCAGUUGUGUUAUGAGGAAAACACUGUCAAGACUACUGUCAAGUUCAUUCAUUAACGGCAGAAAUAAAUAUAUUCAGUUCAAUUCACCAAUAAAUAUUGUUCUUUGUUAAUUUUCUAUUUUGGUUUUGGGCUGCUUGUUUCGGGCUGGUUUUCAGAGUCUCGGUCGCUGCUUUUCCUCGUCAGACCUGGCAACCCUGGUCAUGUCGCAGAUACUUUAGUCAAGUUUAAUUUCACUUCCUCUUUCUCGUGAACGGGUUUCUGGGUGUGGAGCUCCGUGUGAAGGAGAUCGGAGCAGUUUUUAAACUGCCGGCAGCUCCGUUUGUGGACAAAAGCGCCGCAGACCUGGCAACCCUGGUUGUGUCGCAGAUACUUUAGUCAAAUUCACUUUCACUUUCUCGUGGACGGUUUUCUGGGUGUGGAGCUCCGUGUGAAGGCGAUCGGAGAAGUUUUUAAACUGCCUGCAGCUCCGUUUGUGGACAAAAGCGCCGCAGAUGAAGGUAGAAGGUGUGUGUGAGCUGAUGUGAAUCCAGCAGCAUGGAUCAGUGUGAGGACAGAGAGGAGGGAGUCCUUCCCUCCAAAACCUCCCCGAGGGGAAAACCUGAGAGUCGGAGAGAAGAAGAGAGGAGACCUGGACCUGGACCUGGACCUGGACCUGGACCUGGACCUGGACCUGGACCUGGUCCCACCUGUGUGUCCUUGAAGAGUGAUGCAUCAAAGGAUUUUUUUAUCACUUUUAAAGAGUCUCCUGGUUUUCCUUCAGAGAGGAUCUUUCCAGAGACCAGAAGAGGACCUGAACCUGGACCUGGACCUGGACCUGGACCUGGAUCUGGACCUGGACCAGGACCUGGUCCCAGCUUUUUGUCCUUGAAGAGUGAUGCAUCAAAAGAUUUUUUUAUCACUUUUAAAGAUGCUCCUGGUUUUCCUUCAGAGAGAGUGGACCAGCAGAUCUCAGAGUCCCCCAGUGGUCCGUCUGUCCAGCAGCACCAGUCCCAGCUGGACUCCAUCUUUCAGCUGCUGGAGGACGACAUUGUCAUGUUUGUGAAGCACGAGCUGAAGAAGAUCCAGAAGGUUCUGAGUCCAGAUUACCCAGAAUCCUCAGAGAGUCUGGAGGAGGAUGAAGAUGAAGAGCAGAAGAGCAUCAGAGAGACAUUCAUGAAGAUCACAGUGAAGUUCUUGAGGAGGAGGAAGCAGGAGAAGCUGGCUGACCUCCUGCAGAGCAAGACCUUUGCUGCCGUUUGUCAAUCCAAACUCAAAGUUCAGCUGCAGAAGAAGUACCAACAUGUGUCUGAGGGGAUCAUUAAAGCAGGAAAUAAAACCCUUCUGGAGCAGAUCUACACGGAGCUCUACAUCACAGAGGGAGGGACUAGAGAGGUCAAUGAAGAACAUGAAGUCAGGCAGAUUGAAGCAGCUUCCAGGAAACCAGAUGGAGCAGAAACAGCCAUCAAACAGAAAGACAUCUUUAAACCCCCACCUGGAAGAGGAGGACCAAUCAGAACGGUCAUGACGAAGGGAGUGGCCGGCAUCGGUAAAACAGUCCUAACACAGAAGUUCAGUCUGGACUGGGCUGAAGGCAGAACCAACCAGGACAUCCAAUUACUGUUUCCAUUCACCUUCAGAGAGCUGAAUGUGCUGAGAGAGGAGAAGUUCAGCUUGAUGGAACUAGUUCAUCUGUUCUUCUCUGAAACCAAAGGAAUCUGCAGCUUUGAAGACUUCCAGGUCGUGUUCAUCUUUGACGGUCUGGAUGAGAGUCGACUUCCUCUGGACUUCCACAACUCUACAAUCCUCAGUGACCCCAGAAGGUCCACCUCAGUGGAUGUGCUGCUGACAAACCUCAUCAGGGGGAACCUGCUUCCUUCUGCUCGUCUCUGGAUCACCACACGACCCGCAGCAGCCAAUCAGAUCCCUCCUGACUGCAUUGACAUGGUGACAGAAGUCAGAGGGUUCACUGAUCCACAGAAGGAGGAAUACUUCAGGAAGAAGUUCAGAGAUGAGGAGCAGACCAGCAGGAUCAUCUCCCACAUCAAGACAUCACGGAGCCUCCACAUCAUGUGCCACAUCCCAGUCUUCUGCUGGAUCACUGCUACGGUCCUGGAGAACGUCCUGGAGACCAGAGAGGGAAGGGAGCUGCCCAAGACUCUGACUGAGAUGUACAUCCACUUCCUGGUGGUCCAGACCAAACUGAAAAAGGUCAAGUAUGAUGGAGGAGCUGCGACGGAUCCACACUGGAGUCUAGAGAGCAGGAAGAUGGUGGAGUCUCUGGGAAAAUUGGCUUUUGAGCAACUGCAGAAACCUGAAGGAAACCUGAUCUUCUAUAAGGAAGACCUGACAGAGUGUGGCAUCGAUGUCACAGAGGCUUCAGUGUACUCAGGAGUGUUCACCCAGAUCUUUAGAGAGGAGAGCAGGCUGUACGAGAACCCGGUCUUCUGCUUCAUCCAUCUGACUGUCCAGGAGUUUCUGGCUGCUCUUCAUGUCCAUCUGACCUUCAUCAACUCUGGAGUCAACCUGCUGGAAGAUCAACUAACAAGUCACCGUUCUUCAACUGCUUUCUAUCAGACAGCUGUGGACAAGACCUUACAGAGUCCAAACGGACACCUGGACUUGUUCCUGCGCUUCCUCCUGGGUCUUUCACUGGAGACCAAUCAGACUCUCCUACGAGGUCUGAUGACAUCAAACCAAAGAAGUUCACAGAACAAUCAGGAAACUAUCAAAUACAUCAAGAAGAAGAUCAGUGAGGAUCUGUCUGCAGAGAGAAGCAUCAACCUGUUCCACUGUCUGAAUGAACUGAACGAUCGGUCUCUGGUGGAGGAGGUCCAAGAGUCCCUGAGGUCUGGACGUCUCUCCACAGAUGAUCUGUCUCCUGCUCAGUGGUCGGCUCUGGUCUUCAUCUUACUGUCAUCAGGAGAAGAUCUGAAGGUGUUUGACCUGAAGAAGUUCUCAGCUUCAGAGGAGGCUCUACGGAGGCUGCUGCCGGUGGUCAAAGCCUCCAAGAAAGUUCUACUGAGUGGCUGUAACCUCUCAGGGAACAUCUGUCCACUUCUGUCCUCAGUUCUCAGCUCUCAGUCCUCCAGUCUGACAGAACUGGACCUGAGCAACAACGACCUGCAGGAUUCUGGACUGAAGAAGCUGUGUCCUGGACUGGAGAGUCCACACUGUCACCUGGAGUCUCUCAGGCUUUCAGGCUGUCUGAUCUCAGACAAAGGAAGUUCUUCUCUGGUCUCAGCUCUGACCUCCAACCCCUCCCACCUGAGAGAGCUGGACCUGAGCUACAACCAUCCAGGGGAGUCAGCAGGGAAGCUUCUGUCUAGACUGGAGGAUCCCCGCUGGAGACUGGACACUCUCAGGGUGGAGCCUGAUGGACAACGAUGGCUGACAACAGGUCUGAGGAAGUAUUCCUGUCAACUCACCAUCGACAGAAACACAGUCCACAAAUACAUCAAACUGUCUGAUGACAACAGGAAGAUGAUGUCUGUGAGGGAGGAUCAGUCAUAUCCUCGUCAUCCAGACAGGUUUGAUGGUUAUGAUCAUCAUCAUCAGCUGCUGUGUAGAGAAGUUCUGACGGGUCGCUGUUACUGGGAGGUCCAGUGGAGCGGAGAUGUUUCUGUAUCAGUGAGUUACAGAAGAAUCAGCAGGAGAGGAGACUCUGAUGACUGUGUCUUUGGAAGAAACUGUCAUUCCUGGAGUCUGGACUGUUCUCCAGGUGGUGGGUACGGUGUCUGUCACAAUAACAGAGAAACAUCCAUCACCUCCUCAUCUCCAUCUUCAGGCUCUGGCAGAGCAGCAGUGUACGUGGACGUUCCUGCUGGAACUCUGUCCUUCUAUGAAGUUGUCUCUGACAGACUGAUCCACCUCCACACCGUCAACACCACCUUCACUGAACCUCUCUGUGCUGGAUUUGGAGUCUGGCCCUGGCCUGGUUCCUCGGUGUAUCUGUGUCCAGUUUAGUCUCCAGAGUCUCCUGUCAGAGAAACUGUCUCUGCUGGAUCCUGGACUUGGACUCUGGCUCUGGUUCCUCAGUGUCUCCAUGAUGAUGAUGAUGAUGAUGAUGAAGAUGAAGAUGAAGAUGAUGAUGAAGGUGAUGAUGAAGAUGAUGAUGAUGAUGAUGAUGAUGAUGAUGAUGAUGAUGAUGAUGAUGAAGGUGAUGAUGAGGCCAAACAGCAAAAUUGCGUUGUUCCAUGGUCAAACACAGCCAGCUUAUAUAUAUAUCGACGCCGCGCCUACGGCAUAGGGUAUGGCGUACGUUGCACGUCGCCGCGUAACCUACGCCGUAGGCUCUGCGUUGGUGUAACGCAGAACCAUAAAUCAGCUCCGGAGCCGGCAGGCAGACAGAAAUCAGUCUUUAUUCUGGCGAGGUUGCAAAAAACUUGCAAAAAAAAUGAUUAUGUACAUUCACUGAGUGAAUAUUAUGAAAGUAAAAUAUAUAUUUCUCGCUGUAUGACGACUAAAAGCAUUUCUGUCCCUAGAAAACUAGUUUUCUUUAGUUGAACAAUGUGGCUGUUUGCCACAUCCACCAAGAGCAUCUUGACAAACUUGACUAGAGGAGAUUUGCCAGUCAUUUGUGUCUGCAAAUGACAAAAGAGGUCACACUUUUGGAGCCUUUGUAUGAUGGUUAUGUUCUAUUUGUAGAAAUCCUGCUGUACGCAUGUACAGAUAAAAGAGGAGAUGGGUGAAGAUAUGGAACAUUUAACAGGUUGUAUUGAGUUAUAGUUGUAUUGAGUUAUGAAUGAAUGAAUGAAUGAAAAAAAUGUAUUGGUCACCACCAAGCAUGUACACUUAGGUCACGACCAAAGGGGCAGGGCUGAAGCCUCGGCUUAUGAAUGCCCCCCCUUCUUACAUAUAAAUAUAAAUGAAUACAACAAAUGAAUAAUAGCUAACAACAACAAAAAACAUAUGCAUAUUUACAUGCAUACCUAUCUACUUACGUACUAACAUACCAGUGUUGUUCUCGUUCACGAAAACAAAAACGAAAUAUGUUCGUCAACGCCCAUUUUUCCCCGGACGAAAACGAGACCGGACUAGAAAAAAAACACGUGUAUAAACAAUAACUAGGACUAAAUCAUUAUGCAAGUUCGUUGACUAAUAAAAACUAAACGAAAAUAUAGUUCACAAAAUAAAUACUCCGCUAAAAUCUAUGGUCAUUUUCGUUCACAAACAAAGACGACACGAAAUAUAUAAUUAUAAUGAACGUAUCACUUCCUCCUGUCUCUUUUGCCAUAGAGCGCCGCUGUGCGUUCGCAAAUGCUCACCGGGACUGUCCGGGAGCACAGUUGUCUAUCACUUUGUAUUGGCAUCGUCGUCAGGGUGCAUAUAUAGAACAUACCCUUCCCCCACACACUCGCACUCACACUCACACAUAAACAAACACACCCCCUUUUUUGAAGUUACCGCCAGAGCUGCAUGCAGCCGCAGCUGCACACGAUCUCAACGCGGACAUUUCAUUUCAUAAAAUAAAAUAAAACAGUAACAUGCUUUGCACGGGGAUCGGGAGAAAGAGAAGGGAAGAUGUCUGGAAACAUUUUAGAUACAUUGACGUCGAAGAUAAAACGGAAUGCUUGAUUUUAACGGACGGGGAGCAGUGCUUUAGUUUAGUUAGUUUUUUUUUUUUUUUUUUUUUUUUUUGCGGUCAUACUUUGAAGGGAAAGAACACUACAAAUCUGAAACGACACAUCUCCAUUUACCACAAAGAAAUCAAGGUAAGCUAAGUUAACAUAAAGUAUGUUGCUGGUUGUUUACAACAUUAAAUCAACGUUGUGUUGUUGAGUGUACUGUCAGCUUAAUGUUACUACAAUAAAACCUACCCGAAAGUAGUCUACUAGUUAGUGUGUGUGUGUGUGUGUGUGUGUGUGUGUGUGUGUGUGUGUGGUGUGUGUGACCUUAUGACAUUAUGAGCAAAGGCUUUCAAGUGCCACUGUUUUCAUUCAUUCACAUGGUUUUUGUGCAGAAGUUCAAAGCCCCUCUAAGAUUAUUUUGUAUAAAUGCACACCACACACACCUACACAAGAGGUCCAUAAACACAAAUAAAUCCAAACAUGGGGCAUUUUGAAUCACAUGAAAGGUGCAGCCAUAGAGAGAAUCAUAACAAACUCCAGCUUUUUGUUGAGUCGUUUACACAGCUGCGACUGCAGCCAAAGUUUAUAAAACCUGGCAUUUAGAGGGUUAAAUCUUUAAAAAAUCAUGAAUAUUUGAUAUCAAUACUUAGGUCAGAUAUUGGUGAAAGAAAUGAGCUCAAUUAAAGUAGAAUAUAAUAUUAAUGUAUAAUAUGUUUUAAAUAAUUGUCAAACUAAAAUUAGACUAAAUUGUCAGACUAAAACUAGACUAAAAUGCAAAUAGUUUUUGUUGACUAAAACUAAACAAAUAAAUUCACGGUUUCAUGGACUAAAACAAAGACUAAAAUGCUCGACUUUUAGUCGACAAAAAUGUGACUAAAUAAAAAAAGGAUGAGUUCGACUAAAUAUGACAAAAAAUAACAACGGCGAUUGAAACAGGACUAAGACUGAAACAAAAUUUAAAAAUAGCCGACAAGAACAACACUGUAACAUACGUACCUACACAUAUAUCCAUACAUGUACAUACAUAUAAACGAGCACAUCACAUAUCCACAUACAUAUGUACACUACACAUGCAUACACUUACAUACAUGCAUGUAUCUGCACACACAUAUGUUAAAAAAAAAGGAUUAUUUAAAUUAUUAUGAAAAUGAUACUCAAUAUACCCAUCCUUUUGUUUCCUUUAUUUAUGCCAUCUUUAUGCCAUCAUUCCAUUACCCGGGAACAAGUCUGUACUUAUCCAUCAUCAUGUCUUUAUACCUUUUUUUAAAAUUCAACACAUUUUUGCUAUAUUUUAAUUCUUCUGGUAAUGCAUUCCAUAACCUCACGCCACAAACAGAAAUGCACCUACUUUUCAAAGCUGUAUUCCAGAUUGGUUGUUUCCAAUUGAAUUGGUCUCUGAGGGCAUAACCCCCCUCUCUCUCUCUGAACAUGGUUUGUAUGUUGGGAGGAAGUAGAUUUUUUCUGGCUUUAAACAUAAACAAAGCGGUUUUCUGAUCUACCAGGUCCAUGAAUUUGAGUGCUUUUGACAUGAUGAAUAAUAAAUUGGUGUGAUCAUAAAAACCAACAUUAUUCACCAUUCGUAUUGCUCUUUUUUGUAUUGUGCAAACUGUCUGUAGUGUGGUCUUGCAAGCAUUACCCCAGAUUUCAACACAGUAAGUCAAGUAAGGUAGAAUAAGCGUGCAGUAUAGGGUAUUCAUAGAUCUAAAGUUAAAAAAAUGUCUGACUUUGCUCAAUACUCCGAUACUUCUGGAAAUUUUUAAUCUUACCUGACUUACCUGUGGUUUCCAACUAAAUUUAUGGUAUAUUAUUAUCCCCAAGAAAGUGUUCUCAUAUACUCUUUCUAAAUCAACUUUUUCUAUUGUUAAACCUACCUGAGUUGUUAAAUGUGUUUUACGGUUUCCAAAAAUCAUAAAUUUGGUUUUGUUUAAAUUCAAAGAUAAUUUGUUGACAUCACACCACAUUUUCAGUUUGCCUAGUUCAACUGUCACCUUCUCCAUUAACCUCUGUAAACAAUAAUCUGAACUGAAGACAGUUGUAUCAUCUGCAAAAUUUACAAAUUUCAAAAUGUUUGACACUUUACAGACGUCAUUUAUGUACAUAAUAAAUAAUUUUGGUCCAACUAUCGACCCUUGUGGCACUCCACAUGUGAUGUUUGCUGGCAUAGACAUGGCAUCACCCACCUGAACAUACUGGUUUCUAUGUCUAAUGUAGCUCUUCAGCCAUUCCAGUCCCACCCCUCUGACUCCAUACCUUUCCAUCUUUUCCAAAAUAAUAUCAUGGUCUAUUGUAUCAAACGCUUUCUUCAGAUCUAUGAAAACCCCCACUGCAAACUUUUUCUCAUCAACUGCACUUGAAAGCUCUUCUAUAAGCUCCAUCAAAGCCAUCGACGUUGAUCUACUUUCCCUAAAACCAUAUUGACAAUCAAUUAAUAAUUUAUGUUUUUUAACAAAGCUGUCCAGUCUGGCAACAAAAAGUUUUUCAAGUAUCUUUGAAAAUUGGGAUAAAAGAGAAACUGGUCUAUAAUUUGUGUAUAAUUUUUCAUCUCCAGCUUUGAACAGUGGAAUUACUUUCGCUACUUUCAUUUUAUCUGGGAAGCAGCCCAAUUGAAAAGAUAGGUUACAGAUGCAUGUCAUAGGCACUACAAUAACUGAGAUUACUUCUUUUACUAUAGACAUGUCAAUCCCAUUCCAGUCAGUAGAUUUUUUGUUUUUAAAUUUUUUGACAAGUUCAAUAAUCUCUUUAUCCUCAACUUUUCUCAGGAAAAUUGUUGCAGAAUUUCUAGCGCCAUAGAAUUGCUCAGCCCUGCCCUUUUCUGGCGGUGUUAUUUCCCUGGCCAGUUUGGGGCCCACAGAUACAAAGAAUUUAUUAAAACCUCCUGCCACUUCAUUCAUGUCCCUGAUAACUUUUCCAUUGUCAAUAAAAUGACUGGGGUAGCUUGUGCUGGAAGAUUUAUUAGAGAUAAUUUUAUUUAAUAUGUCCCAUGUUCCCUUAAUGUUGCAUUUAUUGAUUUCUAAUUUCUUUUCAUUUUUCAUUUAAAAAAACUCCUUUUUACUUUUUCUGAUGAUAUCUGUUAAUUUGUUUUUGUAUCUUUUGUAUUUGAUUUCUUUGUCUUUGCAUCUGUUUUUAAUAAAUUCUCUGUACAUGCUGUUCUUUUUCUUGCAUGCGUUCAGUAUACCCCUAGUGAGCCAUGGCUUUUCACUGCUCUUGUUUAUCCUUUUGCUUUGCUUGACUGGACAGCUUUUAUUGCACAGUACUAGGAAGGAGUCCAGAAAUAUGUCAUAAGCCGUGUUUACAUAUUGGGCCUGAAUGACAUCGUUCCAAUCAUGUGACAUAAGAUCUGCUCUAAAGGCAUUCACAGAUUCAACAGUUCUCACUCUUCUUUGUCUAAUGUUGCUCUCCUCCAAUAAUUUAUGGUUACAGUCGUAUAUAGAAAAAACUGGCAGAUGGUCAGUAAUAUCUUUCACCAGAAGCCCGCUUACUAUUUUAUUCUCCAUAUUAUUAGUAAAUAUAUUGUCUAUGAUUGUAGCAGAAUGUGAAGUAAUUCUACUUGGUUUUGUGAUUGUGGGAUAUAGACUCAUUGCAUAUAGGGUUUCAAUAAAAUCAUUUAUCACUGCUUGCUUGUUUGGAUUUAGAAGGUCUAUGUUAAAAUCACCACAUAUGAACAUGACCUUUUGUUCAGUCCUUGCAUACACUAUCUCCAUCCACUCUUUGAACAUGGUUAUGUCAUAACUCGGGGCCCGGUAAAUACAGCGUAUCAUAAUGUUUCUGUUCCUGCUCAUAUCAAUCUCAAUGGUUAGGCAUUCACAAACAUUUUCCACCGCUACUGUCAAUCUUUCCACUACACUGUAUUUCAAUCUUCUGUCUACAUACAAUGCCGUUCCCCCUCCUGUUUUCCCUAUUCUAUUUAUGUGAUUCAACUAAUAUCCUGGAAUUUCAUAAUCUUCACAUCUACUAUCCCCAAUCCAAGUUUCGGAAAUUGCAAUAACACUAAACGGCCUAUUAAAUUCUCUUAGGUAAUCAACUAUGUCCUGGAAGUUUUUAUUCAGACUACGGCUAUUGAAAUGAAUAAUUGAGAUGCUGUGCUCUGCUUUAAUGCUAUUGUUAAAUUGAUCCACUGUAAAGUAGUUGCAGUUGUCUAAUUUAUUAAAAAAAAUAAUUUCUGGAUCUGUAUCAUGAUUUCUACUCAUAGAUGGUUAAGCAGACAUUUCAUAGGAUUACCUUAUAGGCCUCAUCGUCCUCAGAACUUUCCUAAAUCUUCUAGGCUUCUGACUAGCAUCACUUUGGCUGUUUCUGGGGAUCCAUUUGUUAGAAUGUAAACCUUACAAUUUCUGGUCCAAGUUCCCUUAAUUUUAUUCUCUCUGCGCAGUUGCCUGGCACACCUGGCUAACUCAGCAUUGGUUUUGGUAAGAUGCUCAUUUAGAUAUACAUUGGUCCCCUUUAGCACUUUUCCCUGUUUUAGUAAACUGAUUUUGGACUUCCUGUUAGUAAAUCUCACUAUAAUGGGUGCUGUCUUGCCCUCUUUUCUUUGUUGAAAUGAUUGUGGGAGGGGGUGGCACGCCUCUAUGUCCUGCUCAUUUACUUGGACAUGGUUAGACUGUAGGAACUUAAUCAGUUGCUGUUCUACUGACUGGUUGUCCUCCUGGUCUGACUCUCCAUUUUGAAAAUUUGCUACAGCUUUAGCAUAAGACUGAGGCUUGGUUUUCAACCCUGUCACCACUAUAUCAUUUAUUCUGGAGUGCUGAUCAAGGUCAUUUAUUCUACCCUCCAGUGUUGCAAUUUUGGUGUCUUUCUCCCUGUUCUGUCGUUCUAGCUCUUCAACCCUCUUUAUCAAACCCACCAGCAUUUCAACAUUUAUCUUGAUUUCACUCAACUCCCCUUGCGAGAGUUCCAGAGAUGAUUUCAGUCCAUCAAACUUAUUUUCAAUGAGACUUCUAAUUUCUUGUAUGUCUCUCAGUUUCGCAUUGGUGUUUGCCAUUUUCCUUUUAUUCUGUCUGUGAAAGGUUUUACUAGCAAGAGAGGGGGAUGUUCCCUCUCUAUGUCUUCUCUCAACAAACUGGAUGGAAUACCUCGAGUGUGAAUCUCCACCAGGUAUGCAGCUGGGUCAGAGCCUGGAUGUAGCUGCUACAGGGCCUGUAGCAGCAGAGCCUGGUCGAGGUGGCUGCUCCUUGGCCGGGUGGUGUUGGUGGUGGUGGCUGUUCCUUGGCCAGGUGGUGUUGGCUGCCACAGGGCCCAGUGGUGGCUUCUGAAGGGAGUCAGGUUUCUUUCCCAGUAAAUAUGUUCAGUCAACUGCUGCUGCUCAAUGCUGCUGCUGCUGCUGCUGUUCAAUGCUGCUCAAUGCUGCUGCUGCUGCUGUUCAAUGCUGCUCAAUGCUGCUGCUGCUGCUGGUCAAUGCUGCUGCUGCUGCUGCUGCUGCUGCUGCUGCUGCUCAAUGCUGCUCAAUGCUGCUGCUGCUGUUAUAGUUGUAUGUUCUGCAGGUCACUGAAUAGUUUGUAUUUCCUCAUUACUUUUUCUUCAAGAGAUUUUUUGUUGCAUGACAUUAUUAAUCCUCAUUUAAUAAAGUGCCUAAAAAGUGCCAAAAAGUUGUCAGUGUCA